AUGAAGUCCGAAGCCCUCGACGCCUUCGCAACCCAAACACUCAGGCCCGGAGCCCUAGAGGCCGCCGCCACCAAAACUCCUGAGAAAGACGGACACAAGACGCUAUCCAACGAGGAAACAAUGGACAAAGAAAACCUACAGCAAGGCCAAAUCACCAACCGCACUGGCUCUGCCGCCAAAAUCGUCGAAGACGUCGUCCACGGAGUCCAAGCUAGUGUCGAAGAAGUAGUCCACAGCGUGCAAACAGUCGUUCACGACGUGGUCGCUUGGACGGAGAAGAAGGCGGAGGAGCUGAGCGCAGAGGUGGACAGUACGGGACCAUACACGUCACCAGCGACAUGUGCGCCGUCGGACUUCGAUCCCAUCGCGAGUGGAAUGCUGCCGGUGAUGGCAAAGAUGCAGCAAGAUGAAGGAGGAGAUGGUGGAAGUGGACAGGAGGAGGGAAAGGAAAAGGAGAAUGGUGGAGAGUCGAAGUUGUAG